CAAAGAAUUGGCAAGAGGGCAGUCGCCGCUUCACCGCAUUUUCGACAUGCUCUUGUUGGAUCCAACAACGCUAGCGAGCAGACGUCAACGAUCGCAAAGAUGGAAAAGCAUUUCACCCACAUGAUCCCCAAGCAGUGCGAGAUCUGCGAGGCUAAAGAAGGGCUCCUCCGCUGCGCGGGCUGCAGCACGUAUUAUUUCUGCGGUCGAGCACACCAGCGCGAGUACUGGCCGACGCACAAGUCGACAUGCAACACGAUCAAAAACGCCAAACAGGUUGCCGACGACAUGGAGGCCAAGAUCCGUGCCGAUGGUUAUUACGACCACGUUCCGACCGCUGCCUUUUCCGACGAUCCCAGACGCCGCAUGUACAUCCGUGCCCGCCUGACCCACGCCGAGAUGCUGAUCCGCUCAUGGCGACACCAGGGCAUUGAGGACGCCCUUACCAUCUGCCAGGCCCUGGUGCGCCUUGACAGAGUGGACCGCGAGAGCUGCCGGGAUUUGGUGCCCGCCCUGCUCCUGCGGCUCGGCCGUGAUCAGGAGUGCUACGACUUUUGCAAGUGGUGGCAGGCCGUCGCCUGUGACGACUCCGACUACAACCCCAGAGAUGCCACCCUCCCAUUCCUCGACAUCAAGGACGCCGACGCCACUGAGCCCGCCGAUUUGUGGAAGGGAGAGCGGUUUCUCCGCGUAACCCACCUCGGCACGCUGCAGCUCCUCAAGAUGCGCCUGUUCCGCGGCCUUCAGCUGGCCCAGCGGUGCCGCGCCACCACCCCGGGCCUGUCGGCGGCCGAGAUACUCACCCGCAUCCGCAGCGAGUACCGCGGCGACAUCCUCGAGCGACGGCCCGAGCUCGUGGCUGACGACGCCACGCUCAACGAGUGCGCCACCCGCGUCAACGAGUCGCUGGCCGACCUGCUCCACUCUAUCACCGCCACCAACAAAAACUACCUCAUCAUGCUCGUCAGUCCCACCCAAGAAGACUUCCAGGCAAACACGCACAAGUACGUGCCCGGGUCCGAGGAGGAGGCCCGGCUGGCAUUCAGCAACACGUACAAUGCCUGGGUCGAGUCCCCCGGCGCCAUCGAGCAGCUGCGCAAGGUCCUGGACGUCAUCGUCAAGGCAGGCACGGAGUAGUCGCUGAGCUUACAUAGGAUCAUAACCAUUGCUUCCUGUAGCGCGUGCUGCAAUUAGUUUGAACUCGUCAGGUAGUUCAAUGGCAGUUAGACCGUGCAAUAAUUGCUCUCAUGCUUGUCGUAAGAAACAUUAAGUAGUGAAGAUGGGGCAAUCAACAGGAAGCUUAAGAAUGUAUAGCUAGAAUCCACUUUUCCAUGUAUUGUGACUGUUUCGCUACACGACCGGGUGCUUUUCUCUUGGGCUGCAAGCUGUUAUACCAAUUGAAACCAGGGAUAUUUCGGACUGAAUUCCCCAUUCCAUUGGUACGUUUCUUUGUGUGUUAUGUUCUGUUUUCUUUCAUCUCCUCCAACAAUUUCAGGAACG